AUGAAUACACUUAUUCAACAACGAAUUAAUCAACUUAGUAAAAUAGAAAAAGAUGAACAAGAACGAAAUUCAACAAUAAUUGAUACUUAUGAAGAAGCUCUUACAAAAGCUAAUCUAGAUUUUACUAAACAAUUUGUACAUUUGUCAAAUAUUCGUACGGAAUGUGGUAAACUUCGUAGUCGACUUGAAGAUAGUAAACGAGAAGUUUUAUCUCGUCGAUCAUCAAUUGAACAAACUCAAUUAAUGUCAAUUCUCGAUGCAAUGAUUGCUAGUAAAUCAGUUGAAGUUCAUUUAAGUUUAUUAAAAAAAAAAGUUCAAACAGAAAUUGAACAAACAAAAAAAUCAGAUGAAAAAUUAAUAUCACAUAUUCAUCAACAAAUAAUUGAAAAACGAACUGAACUUAAUCGAAUUGAUAAUCAAUUAAAUAAAAUCAUUGAAGAAAAUCCUUUAGAAAAAUUAGAAAAACUUGAAUUAAAAAUUCGUGACUAUACUCGACUUCUUAGUGAUCUUCCAACACGUUUUCAUUCAUUAAAUAUAAUGCAUUUAUCAUUAUCAAAUGAUCUUCGUUCAAAUAUUUUAACAUGGCCUCUUGAACAAUUUUCUCGUAUAAAUUUAAUAAAUAAUCAAAUUGAUGUUCCAAUUGAAUCACCUCCAACACCAUUAAUUACAAUUCCAUCUCAAACUCCAACAACACCAUUAACAUCACUUAAACAAUUACUUGGAAUUCGAACACAAGAUACAACUAUACUUGAAUCACCAUUAGCAAAUGAUAUUCCAUCGAUUGAAGAAAAUCAAAGUUGGGAUAUUGAUAUUAAUGAAGAUGAAACAUUAUCAAUUAAAUAUCCAUCAAUAUUAUCAAUUGAUUGGGAUAUUUUAACACGUAUUGAUAAUCAAAUGGAAGAAACACUUAAACAAUGUCAACAAGAUUUUACUCAAUAUGAACUUUUUUUUCAAAAUAUUAUUAAAGAAAUUCGCGUCUUACAAUAUGAAUAUAUGGAAAAACCGGCUUUUCGCUCAUAA